AAAUACAUGUUAUACUGAAUUAUCAAGAACUGUAGCACUAAUAAAACUUGCUUACUAUAAAAAUCAAGUGGACGGGUUAACUUCUGUUGGUACGGCGCUACGGAAUAACUUCAUAUAUAAAUAUUUAUCAUAAAUAUAUACGGUACAUUUAUCAUAAUAUCAUAUGGCAUGUUUAUCAUAGUAAUUGCAUAACGAGAGUUGAUAUGACAAUAUUAGAGAUUUGGUACGCUGAUAUCUAGAUUGAUUUACGUAUUCCUUAAUAUAAUUAUGAAUAAUGAUCACCAUUGUGAAAUAAUCAUAGAUUCAAUUUUACCAACCAGUCGUAUAAAUGUUAAAUUCCAUUGACAAAUAAUUUGUUACGAUCUAACGCAACAAAAAUUGUAUUUGACGUACGUUGCAGUUUGAGGGCACGUUAGCUAAGAUCGUAUCAUGCAAACUUCUAGUUUUCUCGAAAAGGAGCACAUGCACCAGAGGGAGGUGCAAAGAGACUGCUUAGUAAACGAUGCCAAGGUGAGAAUUUUAUAAAGUAGAUCAACCAUCAUGAUGGAUCCUGAACCAAGUCCGUUAAGUGAUGAAAUUGACGUUAAAAAUGUUCUUCCCGAACAUCUUGGGCAUCUUAAUGCAUCGGUAUGGCGGCUACUGCGUAAUCCGGAAGCGAAGUACCCCGGGUAGUGGCCUCCGAAGGAGAACCGAAGGGUCGAUCGGUAAGGUGAAAGGGGUCUGGAUGUAAUACACUAUACGCUAUUCCGCUAGCCCCCGCUUCAUUCUAUCUACCUAGACUUGGGCAGGGCCUCACUAUAAAAGCAAACGGUGCUGCCCCUUAGACACGUAGUAUUUUCCAGUGUAUCGCACAAGAAAAACCGUCCACCAUGAAGCUGGCUAUUGUUUUGUUCGCUGUUGUGAUGGCCGCCAGGGCGCACCCUGGGUAUGUUGAUCCUUGGGCAUCAUCUCAUCAGGUUUCCUACGCUUCGGCUCCUCACGUCGUUCCGUACGUACAGGAACAUCAGUCUUACGUUUCUGCGCCAGUAGGACAUCAUCAGGUUUACGCAGCUCCAAUCGUGAAGGUUGCAGCUGCACCGAUAGUCCAUGCUCACCCUGUCGCUGUCCAUCAGCAAGUCAUAAAGGUGCCCCAGCCAGCUCCGAUUCCACCUCUACAUCCUCAGCCAUUGAACAUCAAGGUGCCUCAUACUCAGUCGGUCAGACUGCCUACGGGACCUGUGAAAAUCCAUACUCCACAUCUAAUAGGUUUUGAGGUCGCCGCCCCAGAACCUGCCCCAGUAUACGCCAAGCAUGCCGUCGUUGCUAAGCCAGUCCACGUUUCUGCUCCGGUUCAUCCAUGGUAGAUCAAGCUUCUACAGGCUGAUCGCUGAACUUGCUGGUUCACGUUGGUCCAUGGUGGUUCAUGGUUGGUCCUGCUGAGCUAUUUCGCAGCUCCCUUCUAGAAUAGUGCGAAGUAGAAAUAAUCUGUAUAGUUUUAUAUGAUAUUCUCAGAUGCUCUUUUGACAAGACAUGGAGUCGAGCAAUAUCAGCGAGCAAAAAUUCACUCGUUGUUAGUUCAUCUCAUAGGAAAGAAUAAUACAAUCGGUAAACAACGCGACGUUUCUAUAGAGCAUCUCGAAAAACUACGGAAUUCGCAAUGAAAAUUUGAAAAUGACAUCUUAGAAGGUGAAAAUGAACUGGGAAUGAGUUCGGCGAUCGAUGGACUGUCCAAGGGCCACAGACCUGGCAUUCGAACUAAAAAAUCUAUUUCUCUUUUCUACACCCCCUCUACUCAGUCCUUUCGACACUCUGUGUAUUCUUCUUGUGCGGCAUGUGAUAUUGAAGAAGACACCACGCAUCAGCGUCAGAGCCCUAUUGUAUAUUUUUUUUGUUCUUAUGCGAUCCCCCUUUUCACAUUUUAAUUUAUUGUCUAAUAAAAUUUAAUUUUUAUGUCUU